GCGCCUCGAGGAAGCCGCGCACGCGAGUCGCGAUUAAACCGUAAAAAUAGCUGGUCCGCGUACCGUACGAUCAUUAGUCGUUGCCGCCCCGUAGCCCUAUACGCGAACCACGUAUCGCGGUUCUUCUGCUCGCAGUCGUGCUAUCGUGUACGUACACGCACGUACACACACGUACGCACGUGAUUCUUCGUGGUCCUCUUCGCUCGCUGAUGAUCAUCAGUUUGGUCGUAUCGCUUCGGAGUGACAGUUCGCGUGUUUGAUUGCUCGCGCAAUGUCGGCCGCGAUCGAUCGAUAGAAAUCGUUCAUUUGACGCGACAUUGAAAUUAAUCCUAAAAAGUGUAUUAUGUAAUAUCUAUGUUUAAAUGUUACAUUAUUCGAGAGAUCGAGCCAAACUUUUCAAACGCGGACGAGUAUCGCGUAAUUGACAGACAUGGAAUCGAUACUGGUCUACUUGGUCUACUUGGAUGCUCUUUCGCAUAUUUAUAUACGUGUAUAUCGUACAAGAUGAAACUUGACAAAAUUAUAUUAUCUCUGCUUAGAGACAGUGCCAAAGCAAAUGUUGGAAUCGCUAAUACUGGGGAGCAGAUGUGCUCGCAAUUUUAUAUAAUAUAAAAGCUGUACCCACGUGAGCGCAAAGUUAACUCAAUACUUGGAAAACGUAAGACAGAAGAGAGAGAGAGGAAGAGAGUGAUCUUUCGCUCAAACAAAUUAACGGUCUUUCCUUUCUCUUGUUUUUUUGUCAUCUUCUCAUUUUUUGUAAUACAUUUUUUAUUUACUCGUCUGAUACUGACACAGUGGACAAUUGCAAAAGACGCAAGUGAGCUGAUACUGAUCGCUGUUUGAGCGUCGCGCGAUGCUGUAGAUUGACGGUUUGAUUAGAGCAGAUUGAACGAGGUGCUGGUAGUAGUAGUAAUAAUUGCUCGAAAUCGAGCAACGCUUAAUAAAAUCUAGAAGAAACCGGGUCCGCACACAUGGCGCGUUUAAUAAACUAUGCUAUAAUGGCUAGAAUCGGAGUGGAUUAACGCAUGGAGAGAAGGGUAAUGAUCCUCAUGGAUCUUACAUUACAUUUCUACUGUUUUGAGAAAAACGUGAUACGAAUAUCAAAGCGAGGGAAACGUUUAAACGACGCAUAUAUUAUAAUAAUCGUAAUAGUAGAAACUCGUAUCGCGGCAAUUUGCACAGGCAGUUGCAAGUUACAUUUUUAUGCAAAUGCCUCACUUGCUUCGAGAUCCGUAAUUCGUGAUCCGUGAUUCGUGAUCAGUGAUCCGUGGAUACGGGUAUGAUGGCCGUCGCACACGUUACUUGUUGAAAAAAAAACUUUGUUUUCUAACUCGGCCAAAGUACAUGCCCCUCGUUAUACGUUAUUCCAAGAGGAUCCAUUCCUGUCUGGCCCCCUUAUGUAACCGAUGCUUCUAUCUUUGGCUUAUUACUGAAGAAAUAAAUAUAUCUCGCCGGCUUUUGUGAGAUCGGCUUGACGACGUUUCACGGCUACUUGAACAUUAUGCCGAUGAGAUCUUUCUCCAUCCCCGUAGCAGGCAACGCCGUUAAUACCGUUAUCGUCGUAGAUCUGAGCGCUGGAGGACAAAGAUUAAGGAGGCCAAAGGCGAUUGUAAUUCGGAUGUAGUUCAAGUUUUUCUAUACGUAUUGUAGGUACUUGUCUCGUCUGACACGUACGCGCUCAUACAUACGCGCUGUAAUAUGCAAGCUUCCACGUUUGUUUCCACGUUCGUAAGUGGAUUCGCGUUUGCCGAAACGCGGAAGACAAAAGCGCGCAGUGAGUGAAGAGUUGCCGAGCUGCGUGCAUGUCGCGAAAGACGAGCGCGUGGUCGUUGUCGAAAUUUCGCCUGGCAAGAAGGGAGGACAGGGAGAAUGGAUUCGAUUCGCGACUUAAAACGAUUGCUGUACGAGCGAACGGAAGCGUUGCGACGUCGCGACGAGACCGUCGAGGCACUCGAAAGUGCUCUCGAGGAACGCGACGCCACGAUCCGUUACCUCCAGAAUGAGAUCGACAAGUUCCGGCAGAUCGUCGAUCUGAGUUUGGCGUCCAGUGCCAUCGGUUCGAAUCCGAGACUGAAACGGCAAGCGAUAUCGGCGGAACCGCUCCGAGGCGAUACGAAACCGGUGAUCAAGUUUGCUAAACCGCGAAGAUCUCGCGAGUUGAUCAAGGCUGCCAUAUUGGACAACGAUUUUAUGAAGAAUUUGGAACUCACGCAAAUCCGGGAGAUUGUCGAUUGCAUGUAUCCUGUCACGUUUCCGGCUGGCUCGAUAAUUAUACGAGAGGGCGAUGUUGGCUCCAUUGUCUUUGUCAUGGAAGAGGGUAAGGUCGAAGUGUCGAGAGACGGGAAGUAUCUCAGCACUUUGGCACCAGGUAAGGUAUUGGGCGAGUUGGCAAUUCUUUACAACUGCAAGAGGACCGCGACGAUUACCGCUGCAACUGACUGCCAACUCUGGGCCAUCGACAGGCAAUGUUUCCAAACCAUUAUGAUGAGAACCGGUCUCUCGAGACAGGCCGAGUAUACGGACUUUUUGAAAAGCGUGCCAAUCUUCAAAAAUUUGCCCGAAGAAACCUUGAUAAAAAUUUCCGACGUUUUGGAAGAGACAUUUUAUAACAACGGAGACUACAUAAUCAGACAAGGAGCAAGGGGAGAUACGUUUUUCAUCAUCAGUAGGGGACAGGUACGCGUGACGAUAAAACAACCCGAUACGACCGAGGAAAAGUACAUCAGGACCUUGGGCAAAGGUGAUUUCUUCGGCGAGAAAGCUUUACAGGGAGACGAUCUCAGGACCGCCAACAUUAUCGCUGACGAUCCGGAAGGUGUGAGCUGUUUGGUAAUAGACCGCGAAACGUUUAAUCAAUUAAUUUCAUCCUUGGACGAAAUCCGAACGCGAUACAAGGACGAACUAGUGGAACGUAGGAGGCUAAAUGAGGAAUUCCGGGAUCUACGAUUACAAGACCUUCGGCCACUCGCGACUCUUGGCGUGGGCGGUUUCGGAAGAGUUGAAUUAGUUCAAAUUGCCGGGGAGGGCACACGAUCGUUCGCUCUGAAGAAAAUGAAGAAGGCGCAGAUUGUCGAGACGCGGCAGCAACAGCACAUUAUGUCGGAAAAGAGGAUAAUGAGCGAAGCGGACUGUGACUUUGUAGUGAAGCUUUUCAAAACCUUCAAGGACAGAAAGUAUCUUUACAUGUUGAUGGAGGCAUGCCUGGGUGGUGAAUUGUGGACUGUUCUUAGAGACAAGGGACAUUUUGACGACGGCACUACGCGCUUUUACACCGCCUGCGUUGUGGAAGCGUUCGAUUAUCUGCACUCCAGGAAUAUUAUUUACAGAGAUCUUAAGCCAGAAAAUUUACUUUUGGAUAGUCAAGGAUACGUCAAGCUCGUGGACUUUGGCUUUGCCAAACGAUUGGACCACGGACGGAAGACGUGGACUUUCUGCGGUACACCGGAAUACGUAGCACCAGAAGUUAUUCUGAAUAAAGGUCACGAUAUAAGCGCCGAUUAUUGGUCACUCGGAGUUCUCAUGUUUGAAUUACUCACGGGCACCCCACCUUUUACCGGCGCCGACCCGAUGAAGACGUACAAUAUUAUUUUGAAAGGAAUCGAUGCCAUAGAAUUUCCGAGAUCUAUCACGCGUAACGCUAUGGCGCUCAUCAAGAAACUUUGCAGGGAUAAUCCAGCGGAACGCCUUGGUUAUCAAAAAGGUGGCAUUAGCGAGAUACAGAAACACAAAUGGUUCGAUGGAUUUAAUUGGGAAGGUCUGAGAACGAGAACUCUAGAACCCCCAAUACUGCCACAGGUUCAAGGCGCAACGGACACCGCAAACUUUGAUGACUAUCCACCCGAUUCCGAUCCACUACCGCCCGACGACAUUUCCGGUUGGGAUAAUGAUUUUUAA